UUUUCUGCUGCUGCUGCUUCUUUUUCCUGGGUCUGCCUCUGUACUGUAAUUCAUCUGCAUUCAGCACUGUGUGUCUACCCAAAGCAUGCGUCAUUCAGGCACUAUGGUAAUGAGGUAUAGACAUUGGAGCCCAAAACUUUGCUGCCUUUGAGGAGAGAAGCUGACGGCAUUUACAUUUUUAUUUGUAUUUGAAGCAAAGCAGGGAUCACUGUGGGCAGCAUUUUCUCUUGUAAAACUGGGUGCUCUCCUGCAUCUGAGGGGCACAAUGUUGAGCCUCCAGGAUUCUGUGUUUUUUGAAAUCAGCAUCAAGUCGCUAUUAAAGUCUUGGAGCAGUAGCUCCUCAGCCCCAGUAUCCAGCUUGAGUAGACAUCGAGUUUCUCCCAGUUACAAUUCCACCUGGGAGAAGAGGAGUGCCAUCAUGUCGAACAUCACCAUCGACCCGGAGCUCAAGCCUGGAGAGUAUGUCAUCAAGAGCCUCUUUGCAGAGUUCGCCAUCCUGGCAGAAAAGAAGAUUGAAGUGGUGAUGGCAGAGCCACUGGAGAAGCCGUUGUCCAGGUCUCUACAAAGAGGUGAAGACACACAGUUUGAUCAGUUAAUAAGCUCUAUGAGCUCAAUAGCAGAACACUGUCUCCCUUCUUUACUCCGCACCUUGUUUGACUGGUACAGGCGUCAGAACGGAACCGAGGAUGAGUCCUACGAGUACAGACCUCGUUCCAGCACAAAAUCAAAAGGAGAUGAGCAGCAUCGUGACAAAGAUUAUCUGCUGGAGCGGAGAGACUUGGCUAUAGAUUUCAUGUUUUGUUUAGUUUUAGUUGAAGUUUUAAAACAGAUUCCUCUUCAUCCAGUGCCAGAUGCUUUAGUACAUGAAGUUCUGAACUUGGCUUUUAAGCACUUUAAACACAAGGAGGGGUAUUCAGGACCCAACACUGGGAAUGUUCACAUUAUAGCAGAUUUGUAUGCAGAAGUGAUUGGAGUUCUCACACAAUCAAAGUUUCAGGCUGUCAGGAAGAAGUUCAUGACAGAGUUAAAGGAGCUUCGACAGAAGGAACAGAGUCCCCAUGUUGUGCAAAGCAUCAUCAGCCUUAUAAUGGGGAUGAAAUUCUUCCGGGUCAAAAUGUACCCUGUGGAGGAUUUCGAGGCUUCAUUCCAGUUUAUGCAGGAAUGCGCCCAGUAUUUUCUGGAGGUCAAAGACAAAGACAUAAAACAUGCACUUGCUGGUCUGUUUGUAGAAAUACUGAUUCCUGUAGCUGCUGCUGUCAAAAAUGAGGUUAACGUGCCAUGUUUAAAGAAUUUUGUGGAGAUGCUCUACCAGACCACCUUUGAGCUGAGCUCAAGAAAAAAGCACUCCCUGGCUCUUUACCCCUUGGUCACAUGCCUGCUGUGUGUCAGUCAGAAACAGUUCUUUCUGAACAACUGGCACAUAUUUCUACAGAACUGUUUGUCACACUUAAAGAUGCCAUCUAACAACAGUAUAAGAAAACAAAUAGAAACCCUGCAGAAUAAGGAUCCCAAAAUGUCACGAGUUGCACUGGAGUCACUGUACAGAUUGCUGUGGGUUUAUGUAAUCAGAAUAAAAUGUGAAAGCAACACUGUAACACAAAGUCGCCUUUUGAGCAUCGUAUCAGCACUUUUUCCUAAGGGCUCACGCAGUGUAGUCCCCAGAGACACACCUCUCAACAUCUUUGUAAAAAUUAUUCAGUUCAUUGCUCAGGAAAGACUUGAUUUUGCAAUGAAAGAAAUUAUAUAUGACCUGCUGUGUGUCGGAAAAUCUCAUAAAACCUUCACAAUAAAUCCAGAGAGAAUGAAUAUAGGUUUGAGGGCAUUCCUGGUCGUAGCUGACAGCCUACAACAGAAGGAUGGAGAGCCUCCCAUGCCAACGACGGGGGUCGUUAUGCCAUCAGGGAACACGCUGAGAGUAAAAAAAAUCUUUCUUGCUACAACCUUAACCGAUGAGGAGGCGAAAGUGAUAGGCAUGUCAUUGUACUAUCCACUGGUAAGGAAAGCCUUGGACAAUAUCUUGAGGCAUCUUGAUAAAGAAGUUGGAAGGUCAAUGAGUAUGACUAACGUGCAAAUGUCCAACAAGGAGCCUGAGGAUAUGAUCACGGGUGAAAGAAAACCUAAGAUUGACUUGUUCAGGACUUGUGUGGCUGCUAUACCCAGGCUGAUUCCAGAUGGCAUGAGCAGGGCAGACCUCAUUGAGCUGCUAACAAAGCUGACCAUCCACAUGGAUGAGGAGCUGCGAGGACUUGCCUUCACAACUCUACAGGCCUUGAUGGUGGACUUCCCAGAGUGGCGUGAGGAUGUACUGUCUGGAUUUGUGUAUUUCAUUGUGCGGGAGGUUACCGAUGUUCAUCCAACACUCCUGGAUAACGCUGUGAAGAUGCUGGUGCAGCUGAUCAGCCAGUGGAAACAAGCGGUCCAGUCAAAUAACAAAGGCCAGGAAUCUCAGCGUGGUGUUUCAAAUGGCAGCUCCCACUCCCUGCCUCUCGAGAGGUCCCCCUACUCCAGUGUAUUCCAUGUGGUGGAGGGCUUCGCUCUGGUGGUGCUCUGUAGCUGUCGGCCAGCGACAAGAAGAUUAGCUGUCAAUGUUCUCAGAGAAGUGCGGGCCUUGUACACAGCAUUGAGCAUUUCAAAGAGUGAUGAAGAGCUGGCAAUCGAUGUUAUGGACCGUCUCAGUGCUUCUGUUCUGGAGAGCUUCAUCCACCUCACUGGAGCAGAUCAGACUAACCUGCUGUACUGCCCCAGUGGGAUUGACCUGCAAACAAUGGCCGAAUGGAGCUCCUCUCCCAUCAGCCACCAGUUUGAUGUGGUCAGUCCUUCGCACAUCUGGAUCUUUGCACAUGUGACCCAAGGCCAAGACCCCUGGGUGAUCACCUUGUCCAGCUUCCUGAAACAGGAGAACCUGCCCAAGCACUGUCCUACAGCACUGAACUACGCCUGGAUGUUUGCUUACACACGCCUGCAGCUGCUUUCCCAACAGGUGGACAUAAAUAGUCCCAUAAAUGCCAAGAAGGUGAACACAACCACUAGCAGUGACUCUUACAUUGGGCUCUGGAGGAACUAUCUGAUCCUGUGCUGCAGUGCAGCCACCUCUGCCCCUUCUUCCACCUCGUCAGGGUCUGUGCGCUGCUCCCCACCCGAGACGCUGGCGUCUACUCCCGAUAGCGGAUACUGCAUCGACUCCAAGAUGAUUACUGGCAUUCCGUCCCCCUCCUCGUUGUUCAAGCACAUAGUCCCCAUGAUGCGCUCUGAGAGCAUGGAUAUCACUGAAUCCCUUGUCCUAGGGCUUGGCAGGACCAACCCUGUAGCCUUUAGAGAACUUAUAGAGGAAUUGAACCCCAUAAUAAAGGAAGCACUUGAAAGGAGACCAGAAAAUAUGAAGCGACGCAGGCGUCGGGAUAUUUUGCGAGUACAGCUUGUUAGGAUAUUUGAACUGCUGGCAGAUGCUGGAGUCAUCAGUCAAACUGCAAGUGGAGGCCUUGAUAGUGAAACACAUUGCCUCAACAACACUUUGUUGGAGUACGUAGAUCUAACCAGGCAGCUGCUGGAAGCUGAGAACGACAAGGACUCUGAUACCUUAAAGGAUAUUAGAUGUCAUUUCAGUGCCUUGGUGGCAAACAUCAUUCAGAAUGUUCCAGUACACCAGAGAAGGACCAUCUUCCCCCAGCAGAGCCUGCGGCACAGUCUGUUCAUGCUGUUCAGCCACUGGGCUGGUCCCUUCAGCAUCAUGUUCACACCCUUAGACAGAUACAGCGACAGGAAUAUGCAGAUCAACAGGCAUCAGUACUGUGCCUUAAAGGCUAUGUCUGCCGUGCUGUGUUGCGGGCCUGUAGCUGAUAAUGUUGGACUGUCAUCUGAUGGUUAUCUAUACAAAUGGCUUGACAAUAUACUGGAUUCUCAAGAUAGAAAGGUCCAUCAGUUGGGUUGCGAAGCAGUUAUGUUGUUACUGGAGCUGAAUCCAGACCAGAGUAACCUGAUGUACUGGGCAGUGGACCGGUGUUACACUGGCUCAAGACGUGUGGCAGCUGGCUGCUUUAAGGCAAUUGCUAAUGUGUUCCAUAACAGGGAUUACCAGUUUGACACAGUGAUCCUGCUCAAUCUGAUCCUGUUCAAAGCAGCUGAUUCUUCCAGAGACAUCUAUGAAAUUGCCAUGCAGCUGCUGCAGAUCCUGGAACCCAAGCUGUUUCGCUAUGCACACAAACUGGAAAUCCAAAGGACUGAUGGGAUACUGAGUCAUCCAUCCCCCUUGCCGCACCUCUACUCUGUUUCAUACUAUCAGCUGUCAGAAGAGCUGGCCAGAACCUACCCUGAGCUCACCCUGGCCAUCUUCUCAGAGGUUAGCCAGAGAAUUCAAACGGCGCAUCCUGCUGGCCGACAAGUCAUGCUGCACUACCUGUUACCAUGGAUGAAUAACAUUGAGCUGGUGGACUUCAAGCCGUCAGCGCGGCGGCAGGAGGAGGACGAGGAGGAGGAGGAGGAGGAGGACAGAGAGAUGAUGGUCAACUCCAGGCGCUGGCUUCGGGGAGAGGGCUGGGGCUCCCCACACGCCACCACCAUGGUGCUCAACAACCUCAUGUUCAUGACUGCAAAGUAUGGAGAUGAGUUUGCCUGGUCAGAGAUUGAAAAUGUAUGGACAACACUGGCAGACAGCUGGCCAAAGAAUCUGAAAAUAAUUCUACACUUUUUAAUUGGCAUGUCUGGGGUGAAUAGUGAGCCUAGCCUCUUGCCAUAUGUUAAGAAGGUGGUGGUGUAUCUGGGCAGAGACAAGACCAUGCAGCUCUUGGAGGAGUUGGUGAGCGAGUUGGAGCUCACCGAUCCAGUCUGCUCAGCCGUCACCCACAUGGACAACCCACCAUACUACCGCAUCACCUCCAGCUACAAAAUACCCUCUGUAACCUCAGGUACAACUUCUAGUAGCAAUACAAUGGUGGCUGGGAACAAUGGGCAUCACGACACCAAGCUAAUGAAGGACAAUAAUUUGGAAGAAAAUUCCAUCCACCUGGACAUCUACAGUGGCUUGAACAGUAACCUGAACAGGCAGCAUCAUCGUCUGGAGUCCCGCUACAGCAGCAGUUCUGGGGGGUCUUACGAAGAGGAAAAGAGUGAUUCAAUGCCACUUUAUGCAAACUGGCGGUUGAAGGUGAUGGAGCGCAAUCACCCGGAGCCCCUUCCCUUCCCUCCCACUGGAGGCUGCUGGUCCCCACUGGUGGAUUACCUGCCAGAGACUACAACCCCUGGAGUCCCUCUACACAGUGUGGUGUUUUCCAGGUGUAACAUAGCAGUGAUCCUCUUGACUGAUCUGAUAGUUGACCAUGACGUAAAGGUGGAAUGGGGAGGCUACCUACACCUCCUGCUGCAUGCAAUUUUCAUAGGCUUUGACCACCAGCAUCCAGAGGUGUAUGAGCACUGCAAGAGGCUGCUUAUGCACCUGCUGAUUGUGCAGGGGGGCAACAGCAACGUCCAGUCUCUGGCCUCUGUGCUACUUCGGAACAGAGAGUUCAACGAACCCAGAGUUCUUACUGUCAAACAGACUCCUCACGUUGAGUACAACUUCACUGGUGUCAAUGAUUUUCUGCCCGAUUGCCAGCCAUCCCCAAUGACAGACUCAGGACUCAGCUCAAGUUCUACCUCUUCUAGUAUCAGCUUAGGAACCACCAGCACUGCCAUUCCUCACCUCACUGCCACCAUCCUAAACGAGGUGGACAUUUCAGCAGACCAGGACAAGAAAGUGAAAGCACUGAUUGAGUUCAUCACCUCGAGAAAGCGAGGACCUCUGUGGAAUCAUGAGGAUGUUUCUCCGAAGAACCCCAGCAUUAAGAGUGCUGAACAGUUGACUGUGUUUCUGAAACACGUGGUGGCGGUGUUUAAACAGACUCAGUCAGGUUUUCAGUUGGAGCAGCUUCUUAGUGAAGUGUCACUACAGACAGCACUGUCCUGUUCCUCUCGGCACUAUGCUGGACGCUCCUUCCAGAUAUUCAGAGCUCUGAAGCAGCCUCUCACAGCAAACACGCUUUCAGACGUUCUGUCAAGACUGGUGGAGACUGUUGGAGAUGCAGGGGAAGAAGCUCAGGGUUUUGUGAUUGAACUGCUGCUUACCCUGGAGUCGGGCAUUGAUACUCUGGCAGAGACGAUGAAGAAUUACGAUUUGCUGUCUGCACUUUCUCAAGCAUCAUACCAUGAUCCUUUUCUGGGGACUAAGUUUGCAGCUAACAGAAAGAGCACUGGACAACUGAACCUAAGCACAAGCCCAAUGAGCAGCAGCAACUUCCAUACCCAUUACAACCACGCACGAAGCAACUCUUUACGAGCCAGUUUAAUCGGGGACCGCAAGAGCGACCAGCGACGGAGUAACACACUGGAUUUAAUAGAUGGUCGAAUGAACCACGGCAGCUUAGCAAGGACUAGAAGCCUCUCCUCUCUGCGAGAGGGAGGGGUCUCUGAUGUGCAGCCUACCAUUGACCCCGCUAACCUGAUGGCUACUAUCUUCUGGAUCGCUGCCUCCUUGCUGGAGUCGGACUACGAGUUUGAGUACCUCCUGGCUCUCAGAUUGCUGAACAAGCUGCUGAGCCAGCUGCCCCUGGAUCGGUCGGAGAGCCGGGAGAAGAUUGAGAAGGUGCAGAGCAAGCUCAAGUGGUACAACUUUCCUGGGCUGCAGCAGCUGCUCUUGAAGGGAUUCACCUCUGCCUCCACACAGGAGCUGACCAUCCAUCUCCUCAGCAAGCUCAUCACGCUCUCCCGACACACACUGGUGGAUCCCUCCCAAGUGGCAGGUUUCCCGUUAAAUAUCUUAUGCCUUUUGCCUCACCUAAUACAACAUUUUGAUAACCCCACCCAGUUCUGCAAAGAAACGGCUGACAAAAUUGCAAAGGUCUGUGCAGAAGAAAAGUCAGCUACUCUCUCCAAUCUCGCUCACAUGAUGAGUUUGUAUAGCACACACAGUUAUUCACGAGAUUGUUCCAACUGGAUUAAUGUGGUGUGCAGAUAUCUUCAUGACUCGUUCUCUGAGAUUACCUUCAACCUGGUCACUUAUCUAGCUGAGUUGUUGGAAAAGGGCUUGUCCAGCAUGCAGCAGUCCCUACUGCAGAUCAUACACAGCCUUCUGAGUCACAUUGACCUCUCUGCAGCUCCAGUAAAGCCAUUUAAUCUGGAAAUCAUGAAGAUUAUCGGGAAGUAUUUGCAGAGCCCGUACUGGAAGGAAGCGCAGAACAUCUUGAAGCUGGUGGUGUCCCGCUCAGCAAGCCUGGUUGUGCCGGAUGAGGUGCACAGAUCAUACAGCGGAGAAUCCUCAGGGUCCCCAGAGAUUGCCUUCACCAGAAUCUUUAACAGCUCUUCAAAGGAAUUGCCGGGGAAGACUCUGGACUUUCAUUUUGAUAUCUCUGAGACGCCAAUCAUAGGGCAUAAAUAUGGAGAUCAGCACAGUGCUGCAGGCCGGAAUGGAAAGCCUAAAGUGAUAGCUGUUACAAGAAGCACCUCCUCAACUUCAUCAGGAUCCAAUUCAAAUGGUCUGGUGCCAGUCAGCUGGAAGAGGCCACAGUUAUCUCAGAGGAGAACCAGGGAGAAGCUGAUGAAUGUGCUUUCACUGUGUGGCCCGGAAUCUGGUCUUCCAAAAAACCCAUCGGUGGUAUUUUCAUCCAAUGAGGACCUAGAUGCAGGAGACCAGCAGACAAGCCUCAUCUCCACCACAGAGGAGGCAAUCCAAGAGGAGGGUACAGCAGUGGAAGACACCAGCAGUGAACAGCAGUUUGGAGUCUUCAAGGACUUUGACUUUCUAGAUGUGGAGUUGGAAGAUGCAGAGGGGGAGAGCAUGGACAACUUCAACUGGGGGGUGCGCAGGCGCUCGUUGGACAGCAUUGACAAAGGGGACACCCCAUCCCUACAGGAGUGCCAGUACUCGGGCAGCACACCCAGCCUGAACCUCACCAAUCAGGAGGACACUGACGAAUCAUCGGAGGAGGAGGUACUGACUGCUAGCCAGAUACUUUCCCGCACACAGAUACUCAACAGCGACUCUGCAACAGACGAUGCAGCCUCCAAUCACGUGGAUUCCCUUCUCCAGUCCCAGGAGUCCUCCAGCAGUGCUGUAACGGAGGAGGCAGCAGCACCCCGGGCUGAGAGCCCCAAUCUCGAGCCUGCUGUUCCAGAUAGCACAAACAGCCAGCUGCCUGAGGAUGUGAGUGCAGCUUCUGUUGAGGAGGAGGUUAGCAUUGCGAGUGAAGACACAGAGUCGUAUAGUGCUCCACCAGUGCCUCAAGAAAGCCAGGAUCCCCCAGAUACUCAGGAAUCCCAGGACAGCUCUGAGCCUCCCGCCCCCGAUAGCCCCCCAGGGUCCAUCUGCGAGGAGGACGUCACGCUAGCCCUGAAGGAGCUUGAUGAGAGGUGUGAGGAAGAGGAGGCUGACUUCUCAGGACUUUCCAGCCAAGAUGAAGGGGACCAAGAGGGAUUUCCAGAGGUCCAGACCUCUCCGCCACCAUCACCCUUUUUGUCGGCCAUCUUGGCAGCUUUCCAGCCAGUGUCAUGCGAUGAUGAAGAGGAUGCCUGGCGUUGCCAUGUCAACCAGAUGCUGUCAGACACUGAUGGAUCCUGUGCCGUUUAUACAUUUCAUGUGUUCUCUAGAUUGUUUCAGAACAUUCAAAGAAAAUUUGGAUCCAUAACGAAUGACUCGGCCAGCUUUCUGGGCGAGCGUUUGCAUCGAAUCGGGGCCAAGUUCCGAAGUUCGUUGGAAGUGAUGAUGACCUCCUCAGAGUGUCCCACUGUCUUUGUGGAUGCUGAAACUUUGGUCUCGUGUGGGUUGCUGGAGACACUGAAGUUCAGUGUUUUAGAACUACAAGAACACCUUGAUACUUACAAUGUCAAAAGGGAAGCAGCUGAACAGUGGUUAAGUAACUGUAAAAUAACAUUUGGUGGAAAAGAUGGAACCCACAGGCCCAACACAGAAGCCCAGCAAAUGGAAAUUCUAGCAGAGCUGGAAUUGUGUCGGAGGCUCUACAAACUGCACUUCCAGCUGCUGCUGCUGUUUCAGGCGUACUGUAAACUGAUCAGUCGUGUUGACGCUGUCAAGAGAGAGGCAGAGGUUAUAAAUAUGUCUGAAGAGCUGGCCCAGCUGGAGAGCAGUUUGAAGGAGGCGGAGGCCACGGCAGACAAAAGUGAUGAGGAGAUUGCAAUCCCUGAGUCAGCACAAGCCAGCACUGAGACUGCCAUUCAUUUGCUCAUUGAGACCUUGAGAAACAAGGAGUUUGUGGCUGCAUUAGCACAGGUCAAGACCUUCAGAGCAAUGUGGCCAAAUGACAUCUUUGGUAACACCAACGACGACGCAGUCCAGACCCUGCUGCACAUCUACUUCCGCCAUCAAACGCUGGGCCAGACGGGCAGCUUCGCCAUUGUGUACUCCAACCAGGACCUGUCGGAGGCCAGCUCUAAGCUGAUGGAACUCAACAUGGAGAUCCGCGAGUCCCUGCGAAUGGUGCAGUCCUACCAGCCCCUGGCACAAGCCAAGCUCCUCAACACCUCCGGCGUCAGCACAGGAUUCUAAGCCUAUAAAAUAGAACGAGGAUGCCUCAAGACAUUAAUACACCUUUUCAUUUGUACUACACUUUCCACUGACCACAUACUGAAGAAAGCCAAAAGCCUGAACACCAUUAUCCCUGCUGCAUAAUUAAAUGUUUGAAGAAGCCAACAGGCCCAGACCUACGAUCAUGCAUACAUUGAGGCAAUAUGAAGACCAUAAGGGCUAACAUAUUUUCAACUUUUUCUGAAGAUAAGCCAACAGCAAGCUUGAGUCAGCAAUAAUGUUGCGAGCCAAUUGCAAAGGGGCGUAGGAAGCAGGUGGAAUGAUGCUAAAAUCAUCCAAGAAAGAAGCUUUUGGCUGAAUGACCUGCAAGGCUUAUUGGCCAGCCAAAAUAAAUAAUUAAGCAUACAGCAAAUACAAAUCUUGUUCUCAUUUGAGUGUGGAAAGACUUGUACAGUCAAGUAUUGUACAAAAUUAUAUUGUGUGUUCUUUAUAAGGGUCAUAUGUAACACGAGUGCAAGUUGGAAUAUAUGGAAGAUGUGAUUGUUGUAUUGUCUUUGGUUCAUAUAAGGUCUCUGCAUGCUUAAAACAAGAGCCCUGCAAGAAUAUUUUUUGAGAAAUUUAUUUUUAUUAAAACUAACAUCCGUAUAGUGUGUAAAUGUUAGGAUAUUAAACAUGUAAUUUUAAACUGGGCUUUCCCAGGGAUGUAAAAUAAAUAAUAUAUCUGUUAACUUUAAUUGGUUUGCUGUUCAGCGGACCCAUGCAAUUCACUGAAUAGCGCUUCUGUUAUGAAUACUGAUACUAACCAAAAAGUAGCUGCCUGUAGAGACUUUGUGUGUGUGUAUAUUAUUAUUAUUAUUAUUAUUAUUAUUAUUAUUAUUAUUAUUAUUAUUAAAAGAUGUGCUGUACAUCGUCAACUUUCAUUAUGAAAAAGCCAAUAACUUAUUUUACUCUGUAAAUAUUUUAGAAAUGUAUAGUGUAAAACCAGUAUUUUUUUCUUGUACAUUUGUGCAAUGCACUGUUAAUGCAGAAUAGAUGUAUAAAGCUAAUGCAAAACAAAAGAAAAGGAUAAAAAAAAAGUCACUAACUACUUGGUCAUUACUGUUGGAUGCAAUCUGCCAGACCUGAACUUUUAAUUAAAAAAAAAAAAAAAUAGAAAAAGAUUUUAACUUUAAAAGUAAACUCCGAAAGACUUGCAGUAUAAUGAGUUACCUACACUGCUGAACUGCUAAAGCUUAUUUACUAAGGUUUUGUUUGAACACCAAUGGCAUUUUGUGGAAAACAUGAAUGUAGAUCCUUCCUUCUUGCAUAAUGUAAGGAAUGGCCUGGCUUUAUUAUAUGCAUUUCCUAUCCACUGUGAUUUUCACUGGGCUCUAUAUUCUAGGGCAUAGAAUGUACUAAUUAUAUUGUUUAGCUUUGCUUUCUUUUGGGGAUUGGGCCUUUUUGUUGGUGUGUUAAUUAUGAGAAUAAUAAUAUAGAUUUUUAAGGCGCUGUGCACGUUAAUGGACUGCAGAACUUUCUUACUGUUACUAAAACAAAUACCUAGCAACCAGUCUCGGCACAUUUAACAAUCACUGUAUUCAUUCCGCAGCCCUGGUGAAUGGAAUUUUCUUUCUGGUACUUUUCAGUGCUGUUCUUAAUUAUUUAAUGAAUAUAUUAUUUACUGGGAAAAUGUAGUUUUAUUUAGAGAUGCGUUACAUUUUUUUUUCUUUACAUCUCGAAUACCAGCCUUUUUCCUUCAAAAAAAUAAAAAUUAUUAUAUGUGUUA